AUCAAGUUAGUAACGGACUUGGCAGGGUUUGUGAGCAUGUGCACAACUUCCUCUCAUCGUAUGCCUUGUCGCAGCCUCGUCCUUCACACUCCACACACAUCAUCGCAAUCACACUAGUCAACAAGUAACUAGUCAACCUUGGGUCAAUGAUGGCAACAACAGUAGUCAGUAGCUGCGUCCGACGUUUGUUGCAUUAGUGUAGAGGUGGAAGAGCUUUGAAGGAUACUAUUAUUGUCAUUUGCUUGAAUCGCAAGGAGGAAAAAAACUCUGUUCAUAUAUGUCAUCAGUCUAUAACUUCUUUAAUAAACAUUAUUAGAUAAAAUAAUGUUAUAGGUUGUUCUAUUGAGUUGUCAACGACAUACGUAUAAUGGUUGUAGCAAUCUAGGCAUUAACAUAAAGCUUAUUAACGCCCAUGUAAUGUGAUUUUUUUUUUUCUAAUCGAACUUUAACACAUAGGAGAAUCAAAACAAAAAUAGAAAUAUUCACUGUACAAGAUUUUUACUACUCUCUCCCUAUAUAAAUGUAUGAUAUUGAAGGUUUUUCACACAAACAAUAAAUAAAUUCUUUUAAUUAUUAUAUUUUGGUUUUAUCGAUAAAGUUUCACCAAUCAUAAUUUUAUUUUUUAAUUUAUGUUUUAGUUUAAUUUUGGUUUUAUUGAUAAAGUUUCACCAAUCAUAAUUUUAUUUUUUAAUUUCUAUUUUAGUUUAAAAAACAAAUGCAUUAAACAUAUCUUAAAACAAUUUUUUGUAUACAAGGUAGAACAUCAUACAUUUCUGUACGGAGGAAGUAUUUUUUUUGACACUGGUUGGAUGGUUCAGAAUAAUGUGGUUCUAUAAAACAGUUCCACAAUAAGCUUUGUUUUUUUUCAUUUUUUCGUUUAUUAUUAGCAACUUACAAAUUAAUAAUUGUUUCCUAUGGUCUAAAAGAUCGUAGGGUAUUUUUUUUGUGGGGUUAAACUUUAUUGCAGGAUGAAAAUAAAAAAGACUAAAAUAACCCUCUUAUCAUUAUAAAUAGAUGUUCAUUUGAGGCUUAAUUCAUCUCCCGGCACACAUACUUUUUUUUUUUUUUUAAACAUCAUGGCUAAGUUUGCUUCCAUCAUCACCCUCAUCUUCGCUGCUCUCAUUCUCUUUGCUGCGUUUGAAGCACCAACAAAGGUGGAAGGGCAGAAGUUAUGUAGGAAGCCGAGUGGGACAUGGUCAGGACUCUGUGCAAACAGUGAUGCGUGCAGGAAACAGUGCAUCCGUCUCGAGAAAGCACGAGAUGGUUCUUGCAAAUAUGAAUUCCCAGCUCACAAGUGUUUCUGCUACUACCCAUGUUAAUCUACCAAAAUAUUUGGUGCCCAAUGCGGCGGAUUCAUGUAGAAAGCGGGUGUGGCACGUGCCACAUACUACUCUAUAUAUAUGUCUUAUGAAACCAAGUAAAAAGAACAUUGUGUAGCUAAUAUGGUCCUGAAGUUUAAAGUGUGCCACACCCACCCAAGGUUCGGAUCCAUGUGGUGUGUGUUUUUUUUUAUUAUUUUACUAUCUAAACUAUUCAUUUUAUUACUGUUUUAUUUACUUUUCUAAAGAAGAAAAUGUAAUCCUACCACAAACUUGAAAUCACUUUCUAAAUUUAUUUUUAAAAGAUGAAUAAUUUCAUAAACCUUAAAUGUGUGAUGAAAAAUGACUAAACUAACUUUACUAAAAUAUUUAUAAAAUAUUAAAAAUAAACUCAACCCACCCCUUAAAUACUAAACUUUAAACAAUAAUAUAUAAAUCCAAAUGUUAAAAGUAUUUUUUUAAAUGAUAGCAAUCUUAUUA